UUCUUAGCCUCUACUACUUGUCGUUUUGGGUCCCAAAGAUUUACAUAAAAAUUCAAUUAUUAAAAAUAAAAAAAAAAAGAUUUUAAAAACAAUUAUUGGAGAGAUAAAUAUGUGUUUCUUCUUAUCAACAAUUUUGUUUCCUUUCAUCCAUAUUUGUUUCUGUCUUCUGAUUGUACUCUGUUUUGUCUUCAUUCUUUGGAAGCUUACAGUUUAUCUCCUUUAGUGAAUUAAACUUCCCAACAACAAAUAAAAAUUCUUCCUUCUUUGACCGUAAAUAGAACCUCUUAUUAUCAAUUCAAUCAAUUAUGAUAAUUCUUCUUCUUCAUCCUAAAAACACCCAUAAAACAAAUCUCUGUAAAAUCCUCUGUUUCUUCUUCAAUUUCAGAAUCCAAAAAUGAGUGAUUCUUCUUCAACCUCUUUUGCUCAGCCAACGCCUCAUCCUGCAAAAUCAAGCUUACCCAUGUUGUAUUAUGGCCUUGUGGUCGUCGGGACGGCGGCGAUUGUGUUAGUUCUUUACAAUUUCAUCGUUAUCAAGUGGUGCUCUGACAAUCGCCACCGCCGAGCUUCGCCGGCGCUGGCUGGAAGUUAUGCAGAGAUGAUGAAUUCAAGCCGUAGCUUCCACAGCUCGCUGUGCAGCUUCAAAUUCAAGAAGGGAUCCACGGUGGCAGCGGCGGCGGCGGAAGAAGAAGGGUAUGGGAAUGAAUGUGCAGUUUGUUUGUCGGCGUUUGAAGAUGGGGACGAGGUUAAGAAAUUGCCAAGAUGUACACAUAUGUUUCAUGCUUCUUGUAUAGAUAUGUGGCUUUUCUCUCACUCCGAUUGCCCUCUCUGCCGUGCUCCGGUGGUGGCGCAGGGGCUGAGCCAGCACCAAGCCAUGGCGGAGCAAGAGGAGAAUUCAGGGCAUGGUUUGUUGGAAUCCGGCGACUUGGUUUGAAACCAAUGAUGUUCAUAUUAAUUUUGAAAUGGGUGGUUGGAUUUGGAAAAAUUCCAAUUCUUUUGUUUGUGAUGUUGUUUGUUUGGUGGUCCAAGGAUGAGGAUAAUGAAGAAUUUGUAAAAGUUGUAGGUGUUUUAGAUGGGGUGUAUUUAUUAAAUAGGCCCAUUUCAAGAGAACACGUCAAUUACAUUUAGUCGUACCUAUGUUCUUCUAUUAUGCAUAUAAUAAAAUAUUAGAUCUUUUUACGACCCAAA